AUGUUAUAAUAAAUUAAUUUCAUUUAAAAUAAAUUAGAAUAAAAACAGAAAUAAAUGAUAUUUGUAGCAAUAUAUACUAUUUUAGGAAUUUUGGCUUUGAUAUUCGCUAUUGCCUUAUAUAAUCUCGUUUUCUAUCCAUAUCUAAGGCUCAAAAUAAUGAAAUAAAAAUAUGGUGAUAAGAUUUAAGUGUUCUUUAACAUUGGAGAUGGAAUACUCAAAAAAUACAAAAACGAUUUGGAAGAUAAAGGUGAUAGCUUAGCAUUUAUUCGUGGUAUGCAUCAAAAGAAUUUAAAAGCUAUAGGUUUCAAUUUAGGAGCUAAAGUAGGAUUAAGCUUUGUAGACCCUGAUUUGAUUAAAUAAGUGCAUUAAAAUCAUGAUUCUUUUCAUAAAAUUGAUGCAGCUAUGGCUAUAACUUUCUUAUUUGGUAACUCAAUUCUGUAUGCAAAAGGUAAGGAUUGGCAGAGAUAAAGAUAAUUCUUAGGAAAAUCAUUCCAUUUUGAAGAGAUAAAAAAUUAUUUACCUCUUAUCAAAGAGGUGUGCCAAAAUACAUUUUAAAAUGUUAAUAAAUAAUUGGCUCUAAAGGAGUAAACAGAAAUUCAAGCUGUAAAAAUAUGCGAACAAAUAACUUCAGAAGUAGUUUUUAGGGUCUUUUUCGGAUCAACUUCUUAGAACUUAGAUAUAAAAAAGGAAGAUGGAACUAGAAUUCCUAUUGCCCAUGAGCUUGUAGAAACAAUAAUGAACUCUUUUUAGCUGUUAUAAAAUGAUAAAAUAGCUCUAAUAAAAUGGCUGUUAUUUAAAAGAAAUAGCACUAAGUUUUUAAGAACUUAAGGAGAAGAAAGUAUACUCAAUCGCCUGAUUACUGUAAAGUAAACAUGCCUUUAAGUUGUGAUCAAAAGAAGAGAUGAGCUCUUUAAAGAUCCAUCUUAAGCUAAGAAGAACUUCUUAGAUUAAUAUUUAAUUGAUAUGAUUUAAAACAAAAACAGUAAAGUGACAUAUGAUGAAAUAGUUGAUAACUUUUCUGGUUUAUUUUUUGCUGGUACAGACACAACUGGCAACAUGACUGGAGUUGCUCUAUAUUAUCUUUCCCUUUAUCCUGAAAUUCAGCAACAAGCUAGAGAAGAAGUGAUUAAAGUUCUCUCUUAAAAAUAAAAGGAAAAGAAAACUGAUUAAUUAUUCAAUUAAUUAACUUUUGAUGAUCUCUCAAAUUUAGACCUAAUAAAUUCUAUUUUGAAAGAAUCUCUAAGACUAGUUCCUCCAGCCAAUGAAGUGUUCCCUAGAAUAGCUGACCAUGAUAUGAAAAUAGGUGACUUCUAAAUUGAGAAGGGAGAUUUAGUUAAUACCCAUUUUAUCUACAACCAGUCAAACCCUGAAUAUUAUCCAAAUCCAGAUAUUUUUGAUCCUUAUAGAUGGAUGAACGCAAAAGAUUAAUAGAACACAUUUCACUUUACUCCAUUCUCUUUAGGUCCCAGAAAUUGCAUAGGUUAACAUCUAGCUAUGAUUGAAGGAAAAUGUAUGCUUGCAAGCAUUCUAUUAUAAUUUGAAAUUUUGCCAAACCAUUCAGCUAAGAUUGUUAAAGAAGUUAAAGUUAUUUAUGGGUUAAAAAAUGAUAACAUCAUUUUUUUCAAAAAACUAAAAGCAAAUUGA